AUGGCCGAUGAGGAAGAACAAAACAUCGUGCCCAUGUUUCUGUGGAUGGUUCUCAAUGUUGUCCUCUGGUAUCGUCUGUUUGUGUAUAUGCAGCUUGCUAAUGGCACAGCAAAGAGGUCAAAUGAGUGUUGUGUCGACUCUAAGUCAGCAAUCAAAAACCACCCACCCUAUCCUCAUCCAACAUUUUCCACCCUCCUUACCCUCAUACCACCACUUCCACCCACCCCACCCUCAUCACACCACUUCCACCCACCCUACCCUUAUCCACCCUACCCUCAUCCCACCAUUUCCAAAGUCCCUACCAUCAUCCCUUCACUUCCACCCACUUCCAUCCUCCCCACCCUCAUCCCACCACUUCCACCCACUACCACCCACCCUACCCUAAUCCCACCACUUCCACCACUACCAGACACCCUACCCUCAUCCCACCACUUCCAUCACUACCACCCACCCUGCCCUCAUCCACCCUACCCUCAUCCCACCACUUCCAGGCACUACCACCCANGCCCUCAUCCCUCCACUUCCACCAUCACAACCCACCCACCCUCAUCCCUCCACUUCCACCCACUACCACCCACCCUACCCUCAUCGCACCACUUCCACCACGACCAUCCUCCCCACCCUCAUCCCUCCCCUUCCACCCACUACCAUCCCCCCCACCCUCAUCCCACCACUUCCACCAUCACAACCCACCCACCCUCAUCCCCCCCCUUCCACCACUACCAUCCUCCCCACCCUCAUCCCACCACUUCCACCAUCACAACCCACCCUACCCUAUUCCCACCAGUUCCACCCACUACAACCCACCCUACCCUCAUCCCACCACUUCCACCAUUACAACCCACCCAACCCUCAUCCCACCAUUUCCACCAUUACAAUCCACCCUACCCUAUUCCCACCACUUCCACCCACUACCACCCUUCCUACCCUAAUCCCAUCACUUCCACCACUACCAUCCUCCCCACCCUCAUCCCACCACUUCCAUCACUACCAUACUCCCCAUCCUCAUCCCACAACUACCAUCCACCAUACCCUUAUCCCACCACUUCCAUCACUACCAUCCACCCACCCUCAGUCCACCACUUCCACCAUUACAACCCACCCUAUUCUAUUACCACCACUUCCACCGCUACCAUCCACCCUAACCUCAUCCCACCACUUCCACCACUACCAUCCUCCCCACCCUUAUCCCACAACUACCACCCACUACCACCGACCCUACCCUCAUCCCACCAAUAUUAUCACUACCAUACUCCCCACCCUCAUCCCACAACUACCACCCACCCUACCCUCAUCCCACCACUUCAACCACUACCACCCACCCACCCUCAUCCCACCACGUCCACCAUUACAACCCACCCUACCCUAUUCCCACCACUUCCACCCACUACCACCCACCCUACCCUCAUCCCACCAAUUCCACCAUUACCACCCACCCUACCCUCAUCCCACCAAUUCCACCAUUACAACCCACCCUACCCUCAUCCCACCUUUUCCACCAUUACAAUCAACCCUACCCUAUUCCCACCACUUCCAACCACUACCACCCACCCUACCCUCAUCCCACCACUUCCACCACUACCACCCACCCUACACCUCCCCACCACUUCCAACCACUACCACCCACCCUACCCUCAUCCCACCACUUCCACCACUACCACCCACCCUACACCUCACCACUACUACUGCCACUACCACCCACCCUACACCUCACCACUACUACUGCCACAAUCUCGUAUUAUUUCUUCGGACUUUAUAUUAAAUGCUAAGGUGCCUUUGUCUUUAGAGUGA